AGUACACUUCUCAUUAACUCUUGAUCUGUAAAAACUCAUGUCAUCUGCUGACAAUACAUCCCUGCUCACUGAGGCGACAGCGCUCAUUACUUCAUGGAGAAAUGCACUUUCGCUAUCGCCUGCAGAACUGCGACCGAUUCUAAUCGCAUGCACGCUGGCAGGAGCCAAUUUCCCCAAGCUACUCAUCCCGCUGGUCCAACAGGCUUUAACAGAUAUUGCCGAAGGGUCACUAUCGAUUUCACUGACUCCUGUCGUUUCCUCUUCAGAUAUCUUGCCAAAUCAAGUACAUUUCAUUCGUAGGCUUCGGGAAGCGCUUUAUAAAGGAUCGGCCUUGUGCGGCGGUCCCUAUGGCAUCAAUGCUCUUGGCGCUGUGAAUUUCGCGCUUGAUCCGGAUCUAGUAACAGCUGUGAACAACCAUGGGCCUGUGCGUGGACCGAAAAAUGCUACGACUCCUGAAGAAUACUAUAGGCGUGGCCGGGAUCUCUUUCAGGCUAUUUAUCAGCAUCACACCGAGCCGAUCCUUAGAAAAUUGGAAACAGCAGUCAAGAUUUGGUGCAAAGCAUUCUCGUUGACACAUAUGGAAGAGUGUUGAGUGACACCUCAAUAAUAUCUAUCCCUGAGACGGAGCUAUGUCUGGUAGCGGUACUAGUACCGCUUAAUGUCCCUCCUCAAUUGAAGAGCCACAUCUAUGGCGCAAGAAAUGGGGUGUCCCAAUGGAGCAGGUGCGACAACUUGUGUCUGUGGCUGAAACGAUUACACAUUGGGUUCAUAACCAUGCAAACGAGAAGAGUUUGUUAUAGACUAGUACUCUAUGUUUUUUUUUAUUUUAGUUUUUUCUGAUUGAAAAAG